CCUUUAGAUUGCUGUCAGUAUAUAAUUAUGAGUUUCCCAACUCCAACUUUCAUAAGACAGUUCCAUUUCAUAGUUCCUGUACAGCUUGUAAAAUUCCAAAAAAAAAACCAAAACAAAGAUUUCUCAAAAUGUCAGACGAUGAAUUCCAAGAAUUGGAAACCUAUGAAGUUUAUCCUGAAGGGAGCCAAGGCAAUAGUGCCGGCGAUUCGCGAGUAAUGCCUCUGGAUGCCUCUGAGGAUGCCAAGUUUUCCGAGGAGAUGUUUUGCAACAUUCAAGAGCGACUUAACAGGAUCAUGAAACGUGUUAGUUUGGCCAAUUUGGUUAUGAUCCAGAUGAAGAGACGUCUACAGGCUCGUAUACCAUCAACGACUAACGUUACGAAUACUGACAAGAUGGCUGGAGGCGAUAACCCAGGAAUGUUUGAUAACUACGAAACGGGAAAUGAAAGCGCCAAUGAAUGAGUUAAGAAUGAUUUUAAAUGAUUACAAAUUUUAGUUUUAAAAAUGUUAAACUAUGCUAAAAAAUAACACUUCUGUUUAGUAAAGUUAAAUUAAAUAUGUUUGCCCUGUAA